ACCCUCUAUGUGGCCAAGCCUUGAGAUGCAUUGGUGGCUCUGUGCCUUCUGCAGUUUACCACCAGAAGGGGGCAGCAGAGAGCUCCACACCCCUGAUCCACAUCCUCCACCUCUUUCUCAGCACUGCAAUGUCUCCUCCUGUUCCACUGUGUCCCUUUGGGCCUCCAUAAUCCUACUGUGCCUCAUCCUUCCAACAUCCACUGCUGUCAUCUUCCGAGUCGGGGUGGCGGGGCCUUGGUCCUGCGACCCUCUUUUUGCCAAGGCCUAUCCCAGCGAAGCAGCACAGCUUGCCGUGAACCGCAUCAACCGGGACCCCACGCUCUCCUCCGCGGCCUACUUCGAUUACGUCGUCCUGGAGGAGGACUGUGAGACAUCACAGGCUCUUUCCCACUUCUUCGCAUACUACACGCAGGCGUCCGCUCUUGUCGGCCCCGUCAAUCCUGGCAUCUGUGAUGCGGCGUUUCUGGCAGGGAAGGACUGGUACACGGCUGUGUUCGCCUGGUCCUGCAUGGCCUACGAGCUUGACAAUGGCCGGAGCCACGCAGCCUUCACCGGCACCAUGCCUUCACCCGCACGGGUGCUGCUACGUCUCAUACGCCACUUCCGUUGGGCUCACGUGGGCAUCGUGUCCUCGGGCGACAACAUCUGGAGGGAGACGGCCCGCACGCUGGCGGAUGCCCUGCGAAGUCACGGCGUGCCUGUCGGCAUCGUGGCGUCUGUCGGGGGUGACUUGGCCAGCAUGCGCAAGACCCUGGCUGAUGUCAAGAAAUUAGAGCACCUCCGCAUGGUCAUCCUCUGUAUGCACUCAGUCUUUGUGGGGGGCACUUCUCAGAAGAUGCUCCUGGAGACUGCCUACGACAUGCAGAUGACAGAUGGCUCACUGGUGUUCGUGCCUUACGACACGCUGCAGUACAGCCUGCCCUACCCUGAACCGCCCCGGCUCGCGCACUAUGGCAACGGCAGCAAGGCCAUGCGCGCCUACGACGCUGUGCUCACCCUCACCGCGGAGUCUCCGCAGCAGUUCUCCUUCUACCAGGCCUACGCCGAGGCACAGGAGCACGGGGAGCUGCCCAAGGACGUGCAGCCCCACCAGGUCUCUCCUCUGUUCGGCACCAUCUACUCCUCUGUCCUGUUCGUAGCACAUGCUGUGCAAAGCCUGCGAGCAUCCCAGGAGCGGUGGUCCGGGCACAACCUGGCCCGGCACAGUCGUAACCUGGCCAUCAGAGGAUUCAGCCACCCCAUCCGCACCACAGACUCCGGCUCGGCCAUGUUGGACUAUGUGGUGCUGGAUACAGAUGGCUUUUCAUGGGAACUGAAGCCUUGCUACCGCAUAGAGAUGGAAGCAGACACGGUGCGCUUCCUGGGUCGCCAUAUUCACUUCCCCCCACAGGGGCCUCCUGGGAUGGACUCUGACUGCUGGUUUGCACCUGGGAUCCUCUGUGGUGGAGGUAUGGAUCUUUUCUAUGUGAUUAUCAGCGUCCUCGGUGUCUAUCUACUAAUUUUCUUUCUUAUUGCCUGCAUUUACUUUAUAAGGCGACGAAUCAAUCAGAUCCGCUUGAUUCAGGGCCCAAGCAAAAUAUUACUGACCUUGUCUGAUGUCACGUUCAUCAGUCCAUCACUGAGCAACAAGAAGCUAAGUUUGGACGAAAGUAAGACCAGUGACACCAGGAAGAGUAGCUCAGAGUGCAGUCUGCCACCAGCCACCUAUGAGAACUCCAACAUCUGCAUCCAUGAGGGAGACUGGGCUUGGCUGAAAAGACUUCCCAAUGGGAACUUUGAGAGCAUCAGCCCCCGUACCAGUGACAUGUUUGAACUGAUGAAGGACAUGAGACAUGAGAAUGUUAACCCUUUCAUGGGUUUCUUCCACGACUGUGGGGUCUUUGCCAUCAUGACAGAGUGCUGUUCCCGUGGUAGCCUGGAGGAUCUGCUGCUUAAUGAUAAUGUUAAACUGGACUGGAUGUUUAAGUCCUCUCUCCUGCUUGACCUCAUUAAGGGAAUGAAAUACCUCCAUCACCGGAGUGUAUGUCAUGGAAGGCUUAAGUCUAGGAACUGUGUGGUUGACGGGCGCUUUGUGCUCAAAGUGACUGACUAUGGCUACAGUGAAGUGUUGCAGGCCCAGAAGUUCCCCUAUGUGGAGCCCCCAGCUGAAGAGCUGCUGUGGACAGCCCCUGAGAGCCUGAGAGGUUCCUGUCCAGGCCUCCAUGGCAGUCUCCCAGGGGAUGUGUACAGCUUCGCCAUCAUCAUGCAGGAAGUGGUGGUGCGAGGGCCUCCUUUCUGCAUGCUAGAGGAGUCUGCUCACGAAAUUAUUCAAAAGGUCCAGAAACCUCCACCUCUGUGCCGGCCCAUUGUGUGUGGAGACCAUGCACCCCUGGAGUGUAUCCAACUCAUGAAACGUUGCUGGAAUGAACAGCCUGAGAGGAGACCUGACUUUGAGGAGAUCUUUGAUCAGUUCAAGAACAUAAAUAAAGGGAAGAAAACGAACAUCAUUGACUCCAUGCUGCGGAUGCUGGAACAGUACUCCUCCAACCUAGAGGAGCUGAUCAGAGAGAGGACGGAGGAGCUGGAGGUGGAGAAACAGAAGACUGAGAAACUACUCACACAGAUGCUGCCACCGUCGGUGGCCGAGGCCCUGAAGAUGGGCACCACCGUGGAGCCAGAGUGCUUUGACAGUGUCACUGUCUACUUCAGUGACAUUGUUGGUUUCACUACCAUUUCAGCCAACAGUGAGCCUAUUGAAGUGGUGGACCUUCUUAACGACCUGUACACACUCUUUGACGCCAUCAUCAGCAACCAUGAUGUAUAUAAGGUAGAGACCAUAGGCGAUGCCUACAUGGUGGCCUCAGGUUUACCUGUGCCUAAUGGGACCCGCCAUGCAGCUGAGGUUGCAAACAUGGCUCUGGACAUCCUCAGUACAGUGGGGACAUUUAAGAUGAGACACAUGCCUGAUGUUCCUGUGCGAAUCCGAAUUGGUCUUCAUACAGGUCCUUGUGUAGCAGGAGUUGUGGGAUUAACCAUGCCAAGAUACUGCUUGUUUGGAGACACAGUCACCACUGCUUCUAGAAUGGAGACCACAGGCAUGUCAUAUCGGAUCCACGUCCACUCCAGCACAGUCCAGAUCCUGCUGGAACUGAAGGCAGGAUAUAAGUUACAGCUGAGGGCCAGGACUGAACUGAAGGGCAAAGGCGUAGAAGAGACCUACUGGCUCAUCGGCAGGGACGGCUUUACCAAACCACUCCCCAUCCCACCUGAAGUCAAGUCAGGAGAAAUGGCACAUGGCUUGCAAAUGGAGGAAAUAGCUGCAUACAAGAGGCAGAAAGUGGAGAAAGUGCUUGCAAAGAAGAAUAAAUGAGGAAACUACAUGAAGGAGAAGAUUGUAGAUGUGUACCAUAGGACACAUGAAGCACAGACCAUCUGAAAGGCCUUCACCAUGCUCUUGUCUAGCUAAAUUAAUGAAACCUCAGCAACAAAAGCUCAGUACCCACAUUGUAGGCUCUGAGCAAAAUGCUCUGGAAUUACUUCUCGGAAGCUGUCAGCCCUGUCUGAAGAUCUGAUGGACUGACCCCCAUGCUGUAAGUAGAGAAAUUACGGUCUUAUUGUCAACAUGAAACACCUCUGUGACAUGAGCCACAGGCAUUGGGAAUCCACUACUCAGUAAAAGAAGGAUUGGGUCUGGCAGAAGGGUCAGGACGGGGUGGGGUGGGACAGGAAGAGGAUUUUAUAUCCCAUACAAGUGUUCUACAAUACUGUGUUAAUAUUCUUUCUCUUUCUCAUACUUCCUUUCACCUAUAAAGAGAGAAUGGUGUAACUGAAUGCUUGACACUGAAAUAAAUAUACAGUAAAGUGCAUCAUAAGAAUAUACAAUGUAACAUGCAGCAUUUAAACUGUUUACUUACAUAACAAUCCAAUUUUAAAAUGGCAUGAUAUAGUGAAUUAAACUACCUGUAGAGCUGCACAUAUACAGAAAACUAAGGUUCUGAUGUGGCAUCAGGAACUGGUUAUUAAAAGGGACUGUUGGUGACACUUUUGUUCAUACAGACAUACUUUAGUGAAGGGUAUGCCUAUCCUGAACUCCAAUUGAUGUAAUUGUUGCACCUUUAAAGUCAUGU